AGCGUUGUCAGAAUCAAACCGUGGCAAGGGGGCGGUUGGAAGGUGAUGGUGGAGGUGGAUGAGCUGGUGGUGGUUGAUUGAUGGGGAGCUUUCGGUCUGUCCGGCCAGCAACGCGUGAGCCGCAGAGCUUCGGGGCGGAUGACGCUGCGCCCGCUGCCUGCCUUUCAUCUUCCUCUCCUCCAUCCCCAUCGGCCAGCGUCGCUCGUUGUUUUGCUCUUUGUUUCUAUCAGGUUCUUUCUUUUUCUAUAUUCUUAUUUAAUCUUCCAGGAGAAUAAAAGAAAAAGAAAAAGAACUAGAUAAAUCGAUACCCUCUCAGCUGUGUUCUGUAAUAGUUUGCCCCGCAGUAUAUCAUACCCUAUCAAGGCAAACCACCACCUUAACUACAAUGAGCUCUCAUGUCGUAGUCAUAGACUCGACUGCUCGACGAGCUACCGUCAAGACUACUCCAGGCAAGCAUCUGACAGAUGUUUUGCAGGAAGCUUGCACCAAACUGGGCGUGGAUGCCAGCCAGUACGGUUUAAAACACAAGAGCAAACAGCUUGACCUUUCUCUAGCCUUUCGUCUAUCGGGCCUUAGUUCCGGCGCAAAGCUCGAGCUGGUCCAGUUAUCACGAUCCCCCUCCGUUGUCACAGUCGGCCUACAACUACCAGAGUCAGAAGCACGAGGUGCCCCCAACGGACGCAUCCUAGAUAAAUUCCCCAGCACAACAACAUUAUGGUUUAUACUGCGCAAGUUCGAGGCUGGUGUUGCUGGAACUGGGGCAACUCGAAAUCUCACAGGGCGGGGAGUCCCCUCUACAGAUGGCAAGACAGGGUCCGGAAGGAUACUUUAUGAGAUGCCCGUCCUGCAGAUUAUGGAGAGAGAGCUGUCGACAUUUACAGAUCUUCAGAAAUCACUAGCCCAGCUAGGUUUCAAUGGUGGAAGUAUUCUAUUGAGACUCAGCUUCCGUCGAACAGAGGAGCCGAUAGAAGAGGCGAUGGCCAAGAUUCAAGAAUAUUUCAGAUCGCUCGGAGAGGAUGUUCCCAAGACACAAGAACCGCCUGCGCCUACUCCUGUUCAACAAGCACCCCCGGAGAUUGUCUCUAGUCAACCGACAGACCAACCAGCAAGCUCUGUGUCCGAAGAAACCACUCAAACCCCCAGUGUACCAGAACCAUCUGAAAACCCUCCUCCAGCAUCUACUUCUAUCGAACCAUCUGCGCCAGCCGGCACCACUCGACCUGUCACUGUCUUCUCCCCUCCAACCAAUAACACUCCUCAAUCCGCACAAAUGUCAUACAAUGAAAACGAUUAUGUCCCAACAGUCGACCACGCUAAGGCACACCAAAAACUACUCAACACGGGCUCGAAAAACGUCCGUCUCCCCAGCGACGCUGAAAUCGCCGCCAAGGAAGAAGCAGAAAAGGAGAGACUGGCAGGCAUUAAAGAGGUGGAUGUGAAGAUCCGACUCCCAGACCAGAGUCAAGUCGUGGCGAAAUUCGGACAAGAUGAUACCGGAAAGGGCCUAUAUAGCUUCGUGAGAAGCUGUCUUGCAGAGCCAUUCGUCGGAGAGAAAUUCAUUCUGACGCAAUUCGCCAGUCCUGCCGUCAAGGUUAAAAAUACCAUCCCAGAUUCAGACCAGAGCCUCCUCAUCAAGCAUGUGGGCUUGGUAGGUCGAGUUCUUCUUAACUUCUCUUGGGAUGAGAGUACGUCAUCCGCCGCUCGAACUGCCAAAGCAAACCUCCUCAAACCAGAACUCCGAAGCCAAGCUCAGGAAAUAAAAGUCGAGCAGCCCGCAGACGUCAUGGAUACUUCUGAGGAUACAGAGAAGCCAAAGACAGGACUUGGCACUAGCGAUGGUGGUAAACCCAGUACACGGAAAACUGGCGGUAUGCCUAAAUGGCUUAAGCUGCCAGGAAAGAAAUGAGCUGCAUGUCUUUCUUAUAGUUUAGAAUUUUCUACGACCGCAGCUGUAUUUCUACAAAUCAUGUAGAUAAACCUGACUAGUAUUUUGAAUAGGACAAUUUGCUCCACAAUAUAUAUAUGCUUCA